GUAUCGAUUCCCGAGGUAGAGAGAGUUCGCCAUUUUGACCUUCGCUCGGCGGGGCGUAGUGGUAGUGAAAUUAUCGUGGAAUUCUGUCGCCAUCCGUCCCUCCACCUCUAUUAUUAGGAUAGGAUUAAUUUUUCAGUCAUCCGUCAUUGGAACGAGCCCAGCUUAGUGGUUCGUUCCACAGGUUCCUCAGCAUCUAAAUGAGCGCCUGUGAUCAGCAUGUCAGCAUCUUCCGGGUCACAAGCAAAGGGGGAGAAAUCAAAGAAGUUCCAGUCACUGAACAUAAAUAAUAUAUUUAAGGGCAAGUCUAUUGAAACCACUCAGAAAACUGUCAUUCAGAAACAUGGCAUGCAAAGCCUGGGUAAAGUGGCGUCUGUACGGCGCGUUCCCCCUCCUGCUAACCUGCCAAGCUUGAAGGCCGAGAACAGUGGAAACGACCCUAACGUAAAUCUCGUACCUGCUGGUGGACAAGGAUGGGGCAGCAAGGCGGAGGAGAUGACCCCCGAUGGCUCCUCCACUCCUCAGGAGGUGACACCCACACCCACACCACCUCUCGACCACACUCCCAAGGCUCCCGGGGCAGGGGUGCCUUCGAGUGUGGAUGUGGCCGGCCAAGCAUCAACCAACAGUGUCCUUGGUGGAAAUACAAGCUCAACUCCAAAUUCUCAACCUUCAGCUCUAGAUGGCGGGAGUGGUGGAAUGGGUCUCGCGUCACCAGCCAUCAGUAUUACCAACAACAGCACCACCACUCCCAUCAACAACAGCAGCAGCAGCGGCAGUACCAUCACCAACAACAAAAACAAAAGCAUCAGCGGCAGCCCCAGCGUAAACAGCAUAGCCCCAGUCUCUUCCUCCAGUACCCCAAUGAACAGCAUCCUCCCCCCGACCACAUCCCUGGCCAACAACAAGCCCUCCCCAGGGACGCACGCACCCCCCCUCCCCGCUGCCAGCACCGGCCAGCCCCCCAGUCUGACCAAUGGGGCCAGCAUGGCCAACAGCAGCAAGCCAUGGAGCAGCGCAGCAGCAGGGGGGGCUCUGCCUGGUGGUUCCCCAGGGGCACCUCACCCACUGGAUGGUGGGCACCCACAGUCCUCCUCAGUCCAGCAGUCGCCGUUUUUUCAUCGGGAGUUCCCCAAGCUUGGUGGUGGCAACUUGCCAGCAGAGUCUUCUCCUCAGUACGGGCCUGGACCCAGUCUGAGGCCACAGACAGAGGGCAGCUGGAUCCAGGGUGGAGGGCGUGGUGUGGCGCAGCUGCCACAGGAUGACCGCUUGCCCAGUCCUCAGACCACCAACACUUUUAAUGGGGACAUGCAUCCCCCGAACCGCUCCGGAGGACUUGGUUCCAGAGGAAACCCCACCUGGAGGUGGAGGAGGAGUGGUUCCUGGGGGAGGCUUGGGCUCCAUGGGUCCUGCCCCACCUCAUGGGGCUCAGAUGCACCAGUUCAGAGGAGUCACACCACCCUAUGUAAAUAUUGUAUAAUGGGGCGUGGAAACUUCCCUGGAGGGUUCCCCCCCAACUACCCUGGCCACCCUCGGCCACCCUUUGGGCGGGAGCAGCCGCGUUACCGGGGCAGUGGUCCUGUGCCUGGUGGUGGGGAGGAUGACAUUGUGGUUCCACCACCCAUCAUAAAGAAGGAGGCACUGGAAGGCUUUGAAGACGACCAGUGCCUGAGAGAGGGCUGGGCCACCAGUGCUGUUGAGGUGGACUACAACCAAAAGCUGAAUUUCAGUGAGGAUGAGGGAGCAGCAGAGGAGGAGAGCAGCAAGCAGAGGGCGCUGGACUGGAAGCCGGACCGCCGGGACAGGUGGGAGAAAGAGAGGGCUCGGGAGUGUGUCCGAGAGGUAGAGGAGAGGCGCGAAGACCACCUGGGGUCCCGAGAGCGUGAACAGGAGAGGGAGCAGCAGCAACAGCAGCAACCGCCAUCACAGCAGCAGCCACUCCUCCGUGAAAGACCUCAUCCAGGCCCCAGGGACCGGGAUCCCCGGCGGGAGGGUAUUGGGGAGGACCGCCGAUCCCAUGACAACCGCAGGUACUCGCCUGGCAGGUGGCAGCAGCAGCAACAGCAGCAGCAGCAGCAGCAGCAGCAGCAGCAGCAGCCAUCUCAGCAGCAGGCAUCUCAGCAGCAGCAACAGCAGCAGCAGCAGCAGCAGCAGCAGCCAUCACCUCAACAGCAGCAACAACAGCAACAACAACAGCCGCAGCAGGUGCAGCAGCAGCAACAGCGAGGAGCGUUCGACUAUCCACGGGGUCUGUCAAGGGACUACAGCAGCCCCCAGGGAUCAGGAAUGAGAGGAGCAGGUGCCCCUAGUCAUGGGGGUCCCCACCACCCACCCCAUGGUCCCUCCCAUCCAACUUCACAUUCUCCCUCUCUCAAUUCUGCACACCCCACCAAUCACCCUACCUCACACCCCACCCAUGCAUCCUCUCACUCCCCCACCCCACACCCCCGGGAGGAGGAGGACAUGUGGCGCGAGAAGCGCACAUCCACAGACGAGGUGCAGGCCGCCCUGGAGCGUGCCCGGCAGAGGCAGGAGGAGGAGGAGAAGCGGUUCGAGGAGAAGAAGCGCUUUGAGCAGACCAAGCUGGGUGGGAAGAAGCACCGGGAGCUGUGGGAGUCCCACCCUGAGGACCGGGAUGACACGGAACCUCUGGGCGGAGGUGGGCGCAGUGGCGCUGAGUCCCGCGACGACCGCACGCCCAUCAGGGACUAUCGGCAGUACCCAGACAAGCGGGAGAACUACCGAGAGAACUACCGGGAUCAUCCCCGGGACCAGUACGAGCGUUCCUACGAGCGGCCCAGGGACCAGCAACCCGUCUUCUCCAACCAGUUCAAGAACAAGUUGCCGCCACGUUUCCAGAAGCAGCAGCAGCAGCACCAGCAACAGCAGCAGCAGCAAGAGAUGAUGCGCAGCCAAACUUUCAGAGGCCCGGGUGGCCAGCCACCCUCCUUUGAGCCAAGAUUUGGUUCAGGGAAAGGCUUCAUGGCCCGGGACACUGAUGCAGUGAUGAAGGACAGGCGCUUGCGAACGGACAGCGACACUUCCGGCGAGGUGGAGGAGCGGCCUGCCAGCCACCCCUCGGCGGAGCGUCACCGCGAUGACCGGGACGAGCGCUCCCCCUAUGACAGGGUGGACCGUCCUGACAGACUGGACAAGAUGGACCGGCCCGAUAGAGGCGACCUUAGAUCUCGGGACGACUUCUACGAUCGUUCAGAGAGGGACGGGAGGUACCGUGGCCGAGGCUCUCAGGGGUACCGUGAGCGGGAGAGCUGGGCGCGUGCCACCUACCACGAGAAGAUUGAAGAGAGGGAGAGGGCAGCUCAAGAGCCUCGUGAGUUUGACUUUGAUAGAAGUGGCAGGAGAAACAUGAAUGGUGAGGACUGGGACAGGAGUAGAGACUUUGAUCGGGACGCAGGCAAAAACCGGCGCUUGGACCGGCCUGAGAAGGAUCCACUGCUGGAGCGGCGCAGUGACAGCAAGCUGGACUGGGGCCGCAGCUACGAGCUGGACACCCUGGGGAAGGAGGAGAGCUUCGAGGGAGCAGGAGAACUGCGCAUGACUCACAAGGAGUGGGACAAAGAGGUGGAGGCAGCAGAGAAGAUGGAGCAGCGGGAAGAGGUACGGGAGCGCCCCCAGCGUCCUGAUAGUAGGGACAGCCGCUCCAGCCGUGAGUCACGGGCCAGCAAGGACUCCUUUGACAGGUCCUCCUGCAUUCUGCCCAGGGAGAAGAAGCUGGAGAUUACUUCGUGGGCGGACGCCACCUAUGAGUAUGAUGACUACUAUCGGGCUGAGGGACGGGCCGAGGACUUUGGCCGAGAGCCGAGUUACCAGGAGUCCCCCAAGAAGGCUGAGGUCAAGGAGGAUAAGCCCUCCAAGACUUCUGGCUCUAAGGACCCUAAGGACCUGAAGGAGGAGAUGAGAGGAGAGGAGGGAGAAGCCGUGCAGCGUGAUGGCUUGAAAGAAAGCAGCAGCAGCAGCAGCACCAGUAGCAGUAGCAACAGCAGCGGCACUGGCAGCGGCCGCUCCUCUCAUGCACCGGCCCCCAUCACGAGGGAGAGGCUGGAGGCGUCGGACAGGGAGAAGGAGAUCAGGAAGAACAUGACCACCCUCAAGAAAGCCACUCAGGGAGAACAGGUCCGCAAGGUGGAGGUGAAGGAAGUCCCUCACCCCAAGGAACACAGAGACAAUGUUUGGGCGAGCCGUUCAAAAAACGGCGAACGCUCCCGCCCCGAUUCCAGCGGCACGGUGCCGGUGGGGGGGGCCAGCAGCACUGCCGGCAGCCUGAGCAAGGCCGGGGAGGCCAGCGUGUGGGGCAUGGCCAAGCAGCAGCAAGCAACCCCAAGCCUCACCGAGAGCCCCACCAUGGCCAACACGGCAGCCGCAGCGGUGGCCCACAGCCAGGCCAGCAGCAGCAGCAGCACCAGCACCACCAGCAACAGCACCACCACCAGCACCAGCAGUAUCAGCAGCACUACAGUGGGCAGCAGCAGCAGCAGCACCACCACCACCACCAACAGCAGCAGCACUACCACCACCAGCAGCACCACCACCAACAGCACCACCACCAACAGCACCACCACCACCUCCCACCCAAGCACCAUGGGGCAAGAGGCAGUGGGGGUGGCGGCAGCAGCAGCAGUGGUGGGGGGGGGCAGGGUGGGAGCCAGCCCUCAGGAGCAGCAGGCGCAGCAGCAGCAGCAUGCUGGCCCAACUCCAGCCGUGCAGCCUCAGCCCUUGAUGCAGCAGCUCAUUCAGCCAGUGCCUCAGCUGCAGCUGCAUCACCACCACCAGCAGCAGCAGCAGAAGCAGCAGCAGCAGCAGUAUCAAGAGCAAGAACAGCAAAAGCAACAAGCACCAUCACAACAGCAGCAGCAGCAGCAACCACAGGCACAACAGCAGCAACAGCCACAGCAGCAGCAGCAGCAGCAGCAGCAGCAGCAGCAGCAGCAGGCAAGUGUGCCACAACAAGUGCUGGCCGCAACCACGCCAGAAACAGCUACCAGCACCACUACCCUCGCACCAGGGUCUUCUCUAACAGCAACCGCUGGCGCAGAGACACCUGAGGGGGCCAGUGAGGUGGCAGAGGCCAAGAGUGCAGAGCGGGGCGGGGGCACCAAGACCAUGACAGCUUCCGGAGGACGUGGAAACAGAGCAAACAGAUAUGAGUCAUCCCGGAGUGGAGGAAGGAGUGGAGGUGGAGCCAGAGGUGGAGGUGCCUUUCCCUCUUACCGUGGAGGCAGGGGGAGUCGGGGUGGAGGAGGAGGUGGUAGUGGAGGAGGUGGCGGAGGAGGAGAAUACGGACGCCGGACCAGAGGACCUCCUCCAAGAUUCCAGAACAGAAAUUACCGAGAUGAUGAUUACUUCUACUAUGAAGAUUACCACGGACGUCCUUACAGGGAACGUAAGGAUGACUGGGGCAGCUGUGACGGAGACUGGAGCAGUGCCGCGGCGCCUGCCUCAGGGGGUAGCAGUGCUGUGGGGAGCAGUAACGUCUGCAGCGGCUCGUCUCUGCCCAACAGCCGGGAGGAAAACGGCGAUGGUGAGCGCUCCCAGUUUGGUCGAGGUGGCGGCCGGGGGCGAGGGGAGGCCAGGCGGGGAAGCUCCAGGGGUGGAGGAGCCUCAGCACUGCAGGGCCAUGCAGGGGGCAGGGGGCGGUCCGCACCAGCUCACGGUGGUGGUGGUGGUGGUAACGGUGGUGGUGCUGGUGCUGGUGGUGGAGGUGCUGGUGGUGGUGGUGGUGGUGGUGGUGGUGGUGGUGGUGGUGGAAAAGCUGGAACUUGUGAGGAGGGUAAAGGCUCCAGUACUGACACUAGUGUGCCUGACCCUGCUGCACGUAAGCAGCAGCAGCAGCAGCAGCAGCAGCAGCAACCACAGCCACAGCAACCACAGCAGCAGAGCAGAUUUGACAGGAUGCCGCCCAGAUUCCAGAAGCGCAGAGAAUACGAGCGCCAGAGAGGAGGGACUGCCGGCAGUGGUGGGAGCAGCAGCGGCAGCAGUGCCAAGAAGGGGCGGAGUGGUGUGACCUCCAUCGGCGGCUCAGGCACUGCGGGACUGACUCCGGCAGCCCCAGCAGUGGCCAAGCCCAUGGCCAAGGAGGGCACGCCAGAGACGACCGAGGAGGCCGACUGGGAAACUGCCUCUGAGAGCAGUGACCCAGAGGCCCGCAAGGAAAACAAGGAGAAGUGCAGUGUGGCAGUGAGCAAAGUGGAUCAGCGAGGCAAGGGAAGCAAGCUGGAUAGGAAGUGGGCCCCUGCGCCAGGAGGUGGGGGUGUAGCACAGGGACGUAACACUCUUGGCAAGGAGUCUAGAACCGAGGGCCAAGGGGUUCCCCAAAAUAAUAGCCAGCAGAGGUUUGGUGAGAAGAAGGCUCCGCAUAAAAAUGAGAAAAAUAAGAAUCCAACUUCAGGUGGAAAGGGCACUAAACCUGAAACUACUGUCAAUCAAGUACAUGAAAUAAAGUUAGACCCUACUUUGGUACAUCAGGCUCUUUCUGAAGUCAACAACAAAAGUAAGCCCAAGCAAGAGAAAGCCAACCCAUUGGAGGGCAUCGACUUGAAUAAUUAUGCUAGCGUGGUGAUAGUUGACGACCAGCCUCAGGUGUCGGAGCUCAUUGGGGACCUCGCCGACUCCAACGACGGCUUCCAGGAGGUAACGCGGCGCAAGUCUGGCAAGGAGAAACAGAAGACACAAGCCCACGAACCUGUGCCAGUCACCCCUGCCAGUGAGCCGGUGCCUGUGGGAUCUGCCAGCACAGCUGGCCCUGCCCCCACAGUUGCCACCAAGAAGCAACAGGAGAAGAAGAGGAAUCGCUCCAGCAAAGCCGAGCGUGGCUUUGAGCGGUCCAGGCAGUGCAAACUUCCCCCCAGGCUGGCCAAGCAGCGGGAAAACAACCGCAUCAAUGCCAUGAAGUCUGUUGGCUCGUGCAGCCCAAUAGAGUCUCCCACCAACUCCCUGUUCUCUGUGAAGGACGCCACAGCCAUCCCCCCACCACCAAAGAAUGCCUGGGACAAGCCUCUCACUGCCACGCUAAGGGCAAACUCACCCUCCCAGGCGCCAGCCAUUGGGGAGGGUGCUAGCCAGCCAGGGGUCAAGCCGGCCUCCUUCGACAACCAUGACAGUGGCGUGGAGAUCAGUGACCAGCCCAACUCCGCCGGCAGCAGCCAGCGGUCCAGCCCCAGUGAUGACCCCACCAAUUUCUCAAAGGUGGACAAGAGUACUUUGGAUGGCACCUCAGUGCCCUCACAGACCAUCAUCUUUGAGAACACAAACUUCAAGGCUGCUGGCUCCGUGAAUGCCACAGUGGGUGCCGAGUACAAGGCCAAGUUUGGUGAGGCCCCGAAGCCCCAGCGGCAGCGGGAGAGCAGGGACAGGAAGAGUGUUUCCCCGGACAACACGCUGCCCCUCAAGGAGGACAAGGAGAAGAAGACUGACAAGCCAGAACCCAUUGAGCUGCCACUCAACUUCUCCACCAAGGUGAAUGAGGAAGCUGCUCCUGACAUGAAGCUGGACUUCACUUUUGACUCGGAGUUAGCAGAAGUUUCAGGUUCUGUGAGCACCAAAGGAAUAAGUCUCCCGAGGCCCUUGGUGAUGACCUCCAACAGCAUGCAGAGUCCCAUCUCUCCCUCAACUGACGACCUCAACUUGAAGAUUGCCUCCGUCAAGAAGGUGUGGGAGACCAUGGCGCCAGUGCCUGAGCACGCCGAGGAUGUCACCAGUUCCGUGUCCUUCUCUACAUCCAGCUUCUCUGCAGUGGAUAGCGUGGCUGGCCUGGACCACUCCCCAGCCCUGGAGGCGUCCUUCACACCCAAGGAUGCGGCCUCAGUUGGCUCAUGUGAAGACCACAGCCAGGAUGUGAGUGGGUAUCAGGGAGGCUCUCCCCUGCAGCAAGGAGCUGGCAUGGGCAGUAGUAUGGUAUACACCUCAUCUGGUGUGGCCUACACCUCCUCAGCUGCUGCCUCCCUGACCAAGGCUGAAGUGAGCAGGUCUGGCAACGUGUGCAAAGUGAAGCCCCAGCAGCAGGCGGCCAGCAGCUCUGUGUCUCCGGGACCUGCGGGGUCUUCCCUGGGCAUCACUGGCUCCCUGUCCCCCCCGCUGGUCUCUGGCUCCACGGGGCCAUCCAACAACAGCAUGUACCCCACACUUGGGGGCACUGCUCCCUUCGGUGGUAUUGGGGGAGCUAUUCCUUCACCACCCAUGGUGUUCAAUUCCAACCCCCAGACAGGACUGUACCAGCCUUUCCUGGAUGGCACUCCAGUGAUAGGCCAGAGAGGCGCCUCACAGUUCUCUCAGUAUCCACCCUAUGGGCUGGGGCAGAGUCUUGGGAGCAAUGCUUUUGGGCAGCAGUCCAUGUUCUUACAGACACCCCCUCCCCUUACAACACCGGAUCUGUACACCAACAACCUGUCCCAGUACAGGCUUCAGCCCACAGGGGUCACAGGCUUUGGACAGAGCCAACCACAAAACCAGAACACCGUGCUCAUUUCAACGGCAUCAAACUCCCUCAUGUCCUCGGCAGUGAAGCCGUCGACGCAGACGUUUGGCAACUCUCAGCAGAACUUUGGCACUAUUGGGUCCAAGGCUGGCACACCAUUCCAGCAGAGUGGCCUGGGCACUGCCCUGCAAGGUGGUCCUCAGCCCUCGCAGUUGUACAUAUAUGAUCCCAGCCAAUCCAUGGGUUUGCUUGGGUCUCAGCUGGUGCCCAGACCUGGAGUACAAAACUCUGUCAUCCAGGCAAUACAGCCUCCAAGUUCUUUCUAUUCCAACAAUGGUGGGGGAGCACCUGGAGCUCCUCCAGCAGCACCACCCACAGGCCCUGGGGGUCCCCAGCAGGCAGCGGGAUUCUACACUGCCUCUGGAUCACCACUUCAGGCAGCAGUGCAGCAGCAGGCACAGCCUCCACUGCAGACACCACCUGCAGCGUUUGGCUUGCAGGGCUUUGGUAACCAGUCUCAGCCUGGACCUGCCGGUGUGGGAAUGCAGGGAUUUGGCUCCAGCAUGAGCCUGGCGGCCCAGCAGCUGGGAGCCCAGGCGUUCCGGGGUGGCCCCACGCUCCAGCCCAGCUUCCUCAAGUCUCUGCAGCCAGGAGCCAACAUUCAGGACACCUCCCGCCAGCAGCUCAAGUCCCCGGGGGCAGCGCAGAACUCCUUCUCCACAUUUUUCCCACCAUCAAGCAGCAUAUCAUCAACUGUGAACAGCAGCAACAGUAACAGCACCAGCAGCCAUGGUGGGUCCAGUGUGCCACAAAUCUCGUCCCCAAAGGCACAGAACAGAAAAAUGCCCAGUCAGCCAGGCUUGGCACACCAGAGCUCAAACAGGAGUUCAUCAUACCCCACUCAGAAUACCUCUCAGAUGAUGGCCGGGAGCCUGAGGUCCUCAGGGAUGGUGAUGAGCCUUCGUGGCCAGCUGCCCAUGGCCACCCAGAGUGGGCUCAGUGGUCCAACUCCUCCCAUGGCUACCAACAACCGCUACCCAAAUCCAGGGCCGAUCCAGCGACCCCCAGCUUCCCAGGGUACCGGUUCCAACACAAGCCACCGCAGUAGCCGUGGCCAGUCGCAGGGGCAGCAGCAGCAGACACAGACUCAGCAGCGGACUUCCAACCCACCAAGCUCUGCCCAACAGGCCAAGCUGAGAGCCGAUGCCUUGAGCACCACGCAGGCUUUCUUCAACAGGGAUGCUGGCAAGUCUGAGAAAAAAGAAGAAAAGCCCACUGAAACCAUUGUGUCAGCCAAGGAGGAGCUGAACGCCGACAAAGUGUCUGCCUCAUCAUCUAGUGUGGGUGACGGUCCACCCAAGUGAAGUGGACACGACUUGUCUCAAGCUUCCAGUGUAAAGCUCUCACUCCUCUGUGCUGGAUACACUUACAAACCUCAAGGAAGUUAAUUUGUGAUUCAUUUUCUUUUUUUCUACAUGUUUGUUUUUUCUGUGAACCAGAAUCUUGUGGAAAUAACUUCAUCAGUGGUAAUGCAAGAUUUGCUGUGGUAGAAAAUAAUAAUCGUUUAUCUCUUUGUAGAAAAGCGAAGUGCAUAUUUUUCCCGUGAACUUUGUUUUCCUCCACUUGAACAAGCUUGAGUGCUGUGCUAGAAACAUAGACACAAGUGAUGCUAUGGUUUCUUUAGAAGUGUACAUGCGGAUGGAUGGUGCAAAUGUUACUUUGGGUUGAUUUUCAUAUUGUCAGCUAUGGACUUCUGGUAUUUGGGAUGAGCACCUGUGCUUUGUUAUAAUUUAAUGUGGAAGAUUUGCUAUAUUCCAUGCAAAUGAGUUAAAUGGGUAAUGCACACAAGUCUCUUAUAGUUUCUCUUGGAUAUGUGCUCCACAUUGAUUCCUGGAGUUAGUACACUGUAGUGUUAGAAAUGUGCUUAUUGAAGAGGAUGUCUCCUCUUAGAAAAUAUGCUGCAUAUGACAAUGUUUACAUAUGUAAAGUAUUGCUGAUCAUUAAUUUUGUUUACAUUGAGGCAUACAAAAACAUUAGGUUUUUGUUGAACUACUACUACUAUACAACUAUACUACUACUACUACUACCACUACUAUACUACUACUACUACUACUACAUGUUGAGGCAGUGUGAACCCUGUGACCAGAGGGCUGGCUGGUGGGCUCUCUCUCAUCAGAGUGGCCUCAGCCGCAGACCUGGCCAGUCAGGAGCGAUGGUACGUUGCAUUGACAUAACUGCUUGCUGCCCACGGCGCAAACUUGCUGCUGGGGAACCUGGGGCCACCAAUAACAUUAGGGGACACAUGGCGACAGAAUACACCCCUUUGUUAUGUGUACGUAGGGGGAGCACAGCGUGUACGACCUCUUGGGUGGGCUGCCACUGCCCCGGACAGUUCAUUCCAGUAGGGCAGCUGUGUUACCAAUAUAUUACUACUACUGUAUAUCUUGAGGCAUUUUACCAUGUGUAUAUGACUUAUAUUGUUCCCUUGUUGUUAUACGCUGUUGAGGAGCACACUGUAUGGGCAACUUGGGGGAAGGCUUGAUGUGGCUUGAUGUGGCUUGAUGUGGCCGUGAGGGAGUGUGGCAGGGAGGAACAACAACAAUAGCAACAUCAGCUGCAGCCUUCCCAGCCCAGCAGACUUGCUAAACUCCCUUGUGGCACGCCUGUGUAACAGUCUUUUAUUUGAUUGCCCCUCAACCCCCACAUACCACAGAAUGAAUGGGACUCUUUUCAUCCCCUCAGCUUUUAUACUGAUGGAGAGGAGGUGAGGGGACUCUGUACCCCCUACUCACUACUCAUAGCAGCAAGCUCAACACACCUUGUGUAGUUGUCUUAUUGCAAUAAACUCAAUGUCUCAUAA